AGUGCACGUUUCGGUACCCUGGAUGGCGACCACGCCAUCCACGACGCGUUCGCCUCGCUUAUCAGGAGUCUCAGCCAUGUCUUCGACAUCGAUGAAACAGAAGGUCCUGCUGAAAUGAGUCUUCGUUUUGCCAACCGGCUGUACGCGGGCCUCGACGUACGACUGUCCCCCGAGUUCGUGGCGCUUGUCAACUCGUCGUACAGGGCCUCGGUGGCCAACGUCGACUUCGUCGCCGACCCUGAAGCCGCGCGGCAUGCCAUCAACGAGUGGGUGUUCCGAGAGACAGCGUCCAAGAUUGUGGAGCUUCUACCGCCCGGUUCAGUGGACUCGGCCACAUGCGUGGCGCUUGUCAACGCCGUCUACUUCAGAGGCAGCUGGGCGGAGCUGUUCGAUCCUGAGCUCACCACGCUGGAGCCCUUUUAUGAGACGCCCACGCGCAGUCGCAAGGUGAAGAUGAUGUACAGGACGGGACGCUUCGCCGUCGGACGCCACGAGGGCCUUGGAAUCAGUCUGAUCACGAUUCCGUACAGAAACCAGAACGUUUCCAUGGUUGUGCUGCUGCCGGACAAGGUAGACGGGCUGGAUGACCUCGAACGGCGCAUCACGCCCUCGGAGCUGGCCGCCAUGAUCGCCAGCGUGAGCGGCUCCACCAAGGUCCGUCUGAAGCUGCCUCGCUUCAAGCUGUCGACGACAUCUGACUUGCGCCGCGCCCUGUCUGCGCUGGGCGUCACCGAUUUGUUCAGCUCGCGCGCCGACCUCUCGGGCGUCGCCGUUACCGGCGGUGGCAGCAGCCAGGCCACCCACGGUAACCCGGGCUGCGGCGGCUCAGCUUCUUCGCUCACCGGCGGCGUCUCGGUGGCUCUGCACCGAGCUGCUCUUGAGGUGACCGAGGAAGGCACCGAGGCUGCGGCAGGCUCAGCUUCGGUCGUCACCCGCCGAGACCUGCGCGCCGUCGAGUUCACGGCCGAUCACCCGUUCAUGUUCCUAGUGCGAACCCACGGGCCUGGUGCAGUAGUGCUUUUCGUGGGAAACGUGCGCCAUGUGCAAGACGUUGACGCGUGACUGGGACGAAUUAAGUGUCCGCACUUAAAAACGGACAACCGUUUCUGGCACUUACGUGCCGUGCACGGACACACAAAAUUUGUGCAGCUCACUGUUGUCAGUGAGGCCUUAGCUGUGCAUCGAUACUCUUGUCGAUUUGCUUUGCUUAUACCAAGCAAACCUUGGAAAGAUUCGCAGCAGAGAAUGGAAGCGAUGAUCAAUUGCAAGUAUGCGUGGAUAUAUUGUUUUUGUAGAUUCAUCCUUAUUUCACACCUCUGUACCGCUAAUUGCUGUCUAUAGAUUUAAGCUCAAGGUGUUCUAAUUUGAAGGUAACACGACUUGCCAAGUGCGCAAUUUUCAACACGAACACAAGCACGAAGACACAGCCACAGGCAAAAGGAACUAGUGGUACGUUUUGUGAUUCUAACAAACGCGUAUUUCUAAAUACCUGCUGUCAAAGUUGACCUUCGCUUCGUUACGAGGUCGGAGAUGCCAACAGCGAUGCAAACGCCUCACCUUCGAUUAAUUCGACGGAAAGCAGUUGUCCCCCUCCCGCCUUUCUAGCCGAUUAGAAACUGUCAUACCGGUUCAGCAGUUGUACGACAUCAGUUUUUUCGUCUGCAUGACGUCAGUGUGUGUCUGCCUUCGUUACGCAAACUCCGCUAACGCCGGGACAAGCGACGUGUCUGUAAUAAAAUGGGGCAGGUCAAUCGCCAACUCAGAUGCCCGAUAUGUCAGUGACUGUGUUAGGAGGAAUGUAGAAUGGGUUUCCCUCGCAUUACAGUCAUCUAGAACUUUGUAAUUUAGACGUGAUCCACAAAACUCCACUGUCAAAACGAUAGAACUGCACUAGUGAAGCUGUCACCAAACAUGUUUAGCGUUUGAACUUCACUGCUAUGUUCAGAUGCGAAGCUUUGACUGUCGCGGGGCAAAUUCACAGUGUAAUCCUUGCGAAAAUUGUCUUGGAGUUUUCAUAGGGGAGAGUCGUUUUUUUUUUCGUGCGUAAUUUAAACAUGGGUUCCAAUGCAAAAAUGGGCAAAUUAUUCUAUAUACGAGAAGUUAGGAACCGAAAAUUUUACUAAAAAUUUAUUGUUUUCUGAAUAAUUUAAUAUUUGCAAAUUUACGCGAACGUAAACAAGGUCUACACGAGAAAACGUUGCCAGAAAGAAAGCUGAAAACGGGAGAUAUAGAUAAGAGCACAGGUACUGAUAUUUGUUUACAUUUAAUUUCAUCUCAAAGCGAUUUCUUGUUCUGAUAAACGGAGAGAAUAUUAAGUACACUAUACCACACUCUUCGUAUGCUUAUAUAUGUCAAUGUAUAGAGACGGAACUGCGUAAUGAACAUCCCGUGGUCCUAUAUGAGGGUAGCAGUUGAGUCGUCCCUGCGAUAGCUAUCGUGAAGUGUUUCAUCGACAGUACUCCCAUCGGCGGAGUGACUGAACCACCUUCAUCUCUGCAUUGUUUAGUUUAUGUAUUAAUUUUCGGGCACUAACCCAACGACUUGCUUCGAAUCAAAGCGCCCAGUUGCUUUGCCGGCACCAACACGACGGUCAAGAGUGGGCAGUUCGCAGGAGAAUUGAGCCAUGAACGACACAUUCACUGGAGUCCUCCGGGCCUGCUUAACGGAGGUAACUGUGCUUCACGUGCUAAUAUACGCGGUCACAGUGGCAAUAAUCUACGGAAACAAAAUGAUUCGGGGAAGUUGAUAUUAAACUUUUAAUAUGGCAAAUCUGUAUUGCGGAAAUCCGCAAGGUGGAAAAAGUUUCAUGAAAGGCAAACAUUCUCGAAAAGGCGCGGGUUCCGGGUUCGAUCCGCGGACCAGAACAAUUUUUUUCAACUGCGAAGCUUUCGGUCCAAAUAACCGGCACGUUUUUUUUCUUCUCUUUUUUUUUAAUGAACCAUGGCCACCUUAACCAGGCGGCCAUGAUUCGCUAUGUUAGGGCGCAAAAUUGUAUUUUAAAGGAUGUGACAAAAGUGAAUACUCUUCGGAAAAUGACAGUUUUUAAAUCUGCGGCAUGAACUGAGUAAUUAAGCUGUUAAUCAGUGAACCUUUGGUUUGCCUGAUAGCCAAUUAUCUACUGUCCGACAUGGUGGCUUAGUGGAUAUGGCAUUGUGCGGCGAGCACGAGGUCACGAGUUAUGAAUGCGGGCGGAAUGCAGGAAUUUCAUCGUGCUGAUAUCAAGCAACUGUUAUUUGAAAAAAAAAAGAAUACAGGGGGUCGAUAUUUAUCCGUACCCAAACGGUGCGACAUUAAGAGUCGUUGUGUAGCUUUAGUCGUAAAACUGUAGAUGUUAUUGUAUAGUUUGUCACGCAAUGCUGUCUCUGCCUGUUCAUGUAACCCAGCUUCAAAGGCGGGCUAAAUCAUUAUGUAGGAUGUGGAAGCGCGACUGUUAACAGCUGUGUAAUCGCUCCGGCUCAGAUGCGGCCUCUCAUUGGAUACCGCCGUGACCCCGACGGGACAGUUGUCGCCACUGGGCUUGGCGGAUACGUCUACUAUUUGCUUGUGGAGUCACUGAUGAUCAAGUGAGUUGGUAUGCAUGCGCUCGA